AUGUAUGUGAAAUAUGCCAUAAAAAAUUGCAAUUAUAAAUGUGAAGUGACAACAGAUCAAAAGAAAUAUCUCUCAGCUGGAGCAGUUCUUUUUCUCUUACCGAAUCCAAAAUUGAUGCCCAUUGCGAGACAUCCAAAUCAACUUUAUGUCUUUUUAAAUGGUGAAUCACCGAUAAAUUCAUGGAAAAUACCCGAAUCGAUGAAUGAAGAAUUUUUUAAUAUAACAAUGACUUUCAGGUUGGACAGCGAUAUACCAUGUCCCUACGGCGGUUUAAGGCGAAUCAACAAUUCAACUGCUUCGAACAAAAUUUGGAGAUGGAAACAGGCAAAAUAUAAUUUCAAAUUAAAAGUCGUCAGAAUGGUGAAGCAGAAAACCAAAUCGGUCCUUCAGUUUGUUUCAAAUUGUAAUGCGAGCUCGGGCAGAGAUUUAUAUACGAAGGAACUAGCACAAUAUAUUAGCGUAUCGCUAUACGGCAGUUGUGGUGAAAAGAUAUGCUUUGGACACUGUGAAAAAUUAGCGGUUGCAAAACAUCGCUUCUAUUUAGCAUUUGAAAACAGCAUAUGCAAGGAUUACGUAACGGAGAAGGCGUUUUAUCGUUUGGACCAAUUACUCGUUCCAAUCGUACUUAAAGGCUCUUUGUAUAAAAAUAUUUUACCUGAAAAUUCUUAUAUUGCUGCAGACGACUUCGAUUCUCCGAAAGAUCUCGCUAAAUAUUUCAAAUGGACGAAAAAAUAUACUAAAACAUCAUUCAUAGCGACACCAACUUCAAGUAUUUUCAUUUCUGGCUUUUGUAAAUUAUGCGAAAUAUUGCAUCGAGGCGUUAAAAAAUCGACUACCGUUAAUAUAAAAUCGUGGUGGUUCGAGAAAGGGCAAUGUGAAAAAUUUUAUGUUCAAAGACUUCUUAAUCGAAAAAAAAGAAGUAAAUUUUGA